UUCUUUUUGCUGCCUUUUUAUGGCAUCAAAUUAAGAGCUAACCUCCCAUCUUCCUUCCUAAUCCUCAUCUUUUUAAUGAUUCUUAACUCAACCCUAGUCGAUGAAUUCAACUACCAAACCCUCGUCCAAAUUCAUUUAUUAGUUUGAGUGCCCACCAAGUGUUCGACUUUAUUCCAUGGGCCACAACCCCGAGAAAUUAUUAACUGCUAGACAAGUACGGGAUGAGGCCAAGUAAAAUAUGGACAACAGUAGGCGCCCAGUUGUUGAGAUGCCUUUUCUCUCUGCACGCUUGUUGACCAUUUCUAGCUCUCCCUUUUUAUUAUCUAUUUGUAUGUAUAUAGCAUCCCACUUUGGUUUUCCAACUGAAGGAAGCGCUACCCAAAUUUGCCUCUUUCUUCUUCUUCUCAUGGGUGCAUACAUGAGCAUGAGCUUCGCCCUACUGCAUCUGUCCCAUGUAUAAAGCUUUGUCUCAGCCUAACACUGCCUCUCUCUUGAGUUUGAGUCUUGAAGGAAUCAAUAUGGGGAACUCCUGCGUUUCCUACAGAAUUAAAUUGCCUUGUUGUCUCAAAGUUGAUGCAGCACAUAGGAAAAAGCAGGGGGAAGCUUUGAAGAUUGUUAAGUCAGACGGGAAGGUGUUGGAGUUCAUCACACCAACUCUUGUGAAGGAUGUGUUAGUCAAUUUCAGUGGGUUUGUGAUCGGAUCCUCACAGGAUGCCUCUCACCAUCACUAUCUGUCCCCUGACUUUGAGUUGAAGAUGGGUCAAGUUUAUUACAUGCUUCCUUCUCCUCAACCCACCGCCCUUCUUCCACCUCAUUCCUUCACUGAAGAUUCAGACAAAAGCAGCAACACUAAGAGAGUCAGAAUCGUUUUGACAAAGAAACAACUCCAGCAGUUACUGGCCAAACAAGUGUCAAUGGAAGACCUAAUCAUGCAGCAGCUUGAGCAAACCACGUUGUGUAAUUUCGAAUCUUCAUCAACUUGGAAGCCAGCACUGGCAGCCAUUCCUGAAGGAAAUGAAGCCUAGUGUAACUGUAGCAUCCAAUGAAUGUGUAUAAUUGCAAAGUUAGUCAAGCUUACUUUCCACUGAGCGUCCUUAUGAUGUUGGAUUUAUAGAACAAAUUCAGUAACAGCCAGAAUAGUCGAGAGAGACAUAAUUUGCCAUUAUUGAAUAUUAUAUGUACGGGAAUUUGAGAA